UUGGCUUAUAGCAAUACCUGGUGCUAGUAUUGGACUUGGGCUGAUCAAUAUGUGCCCUAGCUAGAUGAGAGAUUAGUAAAGUACAUCAGAGAGUAAAAAGCAUCGUGAAGUGAGGAGAAGACGCAUCAGAACACCCUCAGGGGUUGAUUAGAUUGACUCGAUCUUGAUGCACUGGAGGCGUUGGUGUUCGACGCCGCCCAAGAACCACUAACCCCUUUGGGCGAGAACCUCCCGAGUCAACGGAUCCAACCCCGGACGAUGGCUUCUCACUUUCUCAGCCCGACUUCUUCACAGAAGCAGGUGUUACAUCCAGGAUACGACAUCCCAUCUCCUAGUCAGUCCUCACUGGUCAUGUUAAACUCCGCAAUGACUAUAGCACUCUCGUUAUCAAUAUGCCAUGCUCUUCCCCGGAACCCCUCCCGUCGACUUUUUCGUCCGGCAAUUCCGUGAAGUCCGUGUCUCGCUACACCUACCGUCACCUACAGCUUCUCCGUCAGGUUUCCACUGCGACACCUCUUCGCGUGAUUGCGCACAUCGAUCUUGAUGCUUUCUAUGCACAAUGUGAGAUGGUACGGCUGGGGACACCCCGCACAGUGCCUCUCGCUGUACAACAAUGGGACUCACUCAUUGCGAUAAAUUAUCCUGCCCGAUCCUUUGGAAUAACGAGGAUGAUAUCGGCCGGAGAGGCCAAGAAGCUCUGUCCUGAGAUUGUUCUACAACACGUUGCAACGUUUCGAGAAGGGGAGGGUGGAGCGUGGGCAUACAGAGACGAUGCGUUCAAGAGAAUGAAUACCGACAAAGUGUGUCUGGAUCCGUACAGGGCCGAAUCGCGCAAGAUCUUGAAGGUGAUGAAGGAAGAAUUAUCGAGAUGGCAUAAGGUGUUAGCUGGUGAUGGAUUGGGAGCCAACUCUCAGUCUCCUAUGCAGCAGGCUGGUCUUGAGAAAGCCAGCGUCGACGAAGUCUUCAUUGAUCUGUCACCUCUCGUGCACGGUAUCCUUCUUCAGCGAUACCCCGAACUGCGCACCGAUCCCCAGGGCGAUGACCGAGUCAUACCACUGCCUACCCCACCUACAACUGCGUUGGAAUGGAAUACGGAAGACUGUCUGGUCGACCUAGAUGCGAAUGAGACAGAGGUCGACGAUCCCGACUGGGACGACAUCGCCAUGCUGAUAGGGUCCGAGAUCGUCCGAUCAGUCCGGACAGCUGUUUGGGACCAGCUCAGCUACACGUGCUCUGCGGGCGUUGCUAGAAACAAAAUGAUGGCAAAGCUGGGGAGCGCAUGCAACAAGCCAAACAAGCAGACUAUUGUACGGAAUCGUGCGGUACAGAACUUUCUCGGUGGUUAUAAGUUCACAAAGAUUAGGAUGCUUGGGGGUAAACUGGGAGAUCAGGUCACCGCGAUGUUUGGAACAGAGCAAGUGAGUGACCUUUUGAAGGUGUCCCUGGAGCAGUUUCGCGCCAAGUUGGACGACGAUACUGCUGCCUGGCUUUAUGGAAUCAUUCGAGGGGAGGACAAAAGUGAAGUGAACUCAAGGACGCAGAUCAAGUCGAUGCUUUCUGCAAAAUCUUUCAGACCCAGUAUCAACUCUGUUGAUCAGGCAGAUAAGUGGCUAAGAAUCUUUGCGGCUGAUAUUUAUGGCCGUCUGGUUGAGGAUGGCGUCCUUGAGCACAAGCGUCGCCCAAAAACAGUUGCCUUGCAUCAUCGACAAGGAGCUCAGGUUCGCUCCCGUCAACUUCCCAUUUCCGGUUCGUCACCAAUCGAUGAAGCGUUACUAUUUGAACUGGGGAAGACGCUGUUCCGUCAAGUAAUAACCGACGGACGUGCAUGGCCCUGUGCCAAUUUGUCUCUGAGCGUGGGCGGUUUCGAAGAUGGCGUGUCGAAAAACCGGGCGAUUGAUGGCUUUCUACUUCGAGGAGAGCAGGCGAAGAACAUGGGACAGUCCAAGAGGGAUUGGACGGCUGAAGAGCCAUUACAGGUUGAGCAACCUGAUGAGAAACGCAGGAAAUUCGAGGACAAUGGCAUUAAGCGGUUCUUCACCGGGCCUCCGAAGACUAACACUCAGCCUGAGUUGAACGAUGUUAAUGCAGAAGAAAUGAGCGAGAACGUCGACGAAUACUUGCACACAACGCCACAACCAGGUGAGCCCUCUCCCCAGCCAGCGGAACCGGUACACGGGCAUUAUACCUGCAGUCGCUGCGGGGGCGUGCUACCAGAGCACGAAAAGGCAGAACAUGAUGAUUGGCACUUUGCCAAAGACCUGGCGGAUGAAGAACGACAAGCAGCCAGUAUGCGACAGGCUCAAGGACCUGCACAUAACUCGGGGGCAUCUAGCCCACGUAAGAAGGCCAAUCGUAGCAAUCGAGGCAAGCCGGAAAAGGGACAGACCCGUCUCAGUUUUGGAUAGGCUCUUCAGCGAAUCUUGAGAUCUGGAUAAUACCAAGCGAGGCAGACUACGUAAUAGAGUGAUGGAAGCUUUGCCAUGAUUUCAGCUUUCGGCCAGUCGCAGAGAGCUUGACCAGUCGGAGCGA